AUGUUAGGGUUCGAUAAGACAACGAUUAGUACUGUGCCUACUCUUCAGCCUACAGGAUGGGCUACUGCUUGUUGUACUCGUCCAAGGGCCGAGGAGGAAGACAAGUUGCUUCCAAAUGCCGUAUGA